CAGAUUGCAUGUUGAAGAAGAACGUCAUCUGCCUCAUACAUUUAGCUUUAGCCUAAAUUAGCUAGUUGUUCAAGUCUUAGAUACAUCUUGCCGAAACGGGUGUUUUUCCUUUCAACCGACAGCCUGCGUACGGGUUAUUCCUCUGGUUCUCCCUGGGUCCACAGUGCCAAACAUGUACAUAAAAGCCUUGCUCCGGUGCAGAGACAUGCUGAAAGGAGAACUGAUCGUGUGAAAUGCUGGCUAGCCUAAUCACAGCUAGCUGACGAGCAGGGGCCGAGAAACGAAAGUGGCUAACAUUAGCGAGAGAUAAGCCUAUCACAACAAGCCUGGGUGCUUUAACCUACCUGCGUCUGAAGCCACAACAAGAAGGACUGAUACAGAUAGUCUCUUUCCUCUAAAGUAGGGUCUCUCUAGGGCAGAGCCAUGGGUGCGUUCCUGGACAAGCCCAAGACAGAGAAGCACAACUCACAUGGUGAGGGAAAUGGCCUGCACUAUGGGCUGAGCUCCAUGCAAGGCUGGCGGGUGGAGAUGGAGGAUGCUCACACAGCUGUGUUGGGACUUCCCGCUCCUGGUAUGACUGACUGGUCCUUUUUUGCUGUGUACGACGGUCACGCUGGCUCGAGGGUUGCCAACUACUGCUCUAAGCAUCUUCUGGAACACAUAAUCAGCGCUAGUUUUGGGGCAGGAGGGACACAAGGCUCCCAGGCCGGUUCAGACAGCUCCACCACUGACCCUGCAGCAUCGGUUCCUCCUACAGUGGAGGCUGUGAAAUCUGGGAUCCGGACAGGCUUCCUGAGGAUUGAUGAGCACAUGCGUAGCUUCUCUGACCUUCGAAAUGGCAUGGACCGUAGUGGCUCCACAGUAGUCGGAAUCCUCCUGUCACCUGAUCAUUUCUUCUUCAUUAACUGUGGUGAUUCUCGUGCUGUUCUGUACCGCAAUUCACACGUGUGCUUCUCCACACUUGACCACAAGCCUUGCAACCCACGUGAGAGAGAGCGCAUCCAGAAUGCUGGCGGCUCAGUGAUGAUUCAGAGGGUUAAUGGGUCACUGGCUGUAUCAAGGGCUUUGGGGGACUACGACUACAAGUGUGUGGAUGGGAAGGGGCCCACAGAGCAGCUGGUUAGCCCAGAACCAGCAGUGUUUGAGAUGGUUCGGGCCCCUGAACAGGAUCAGUUUGUGAUCCUGGCGUGUGAUGGCAUCUGGGAUGUCAUGUCCAAUGAGGAGCUGUGUGAGUUUGUGAAAUCUAGGCUUGAGGUGUCUGAUGACCUGGAGAGAGUCUGCAAUGAAGUGGUGGACACCUGCCUGCACAAGGGAAGUCGGGAUAACAUGAGUGUUGUGUUAGUGUGUUUGCCCAACGCCCCCAAAGUGUCAGAGGAAGCUGUGCGGAAAGACGCUGAGCUCAACACAUAUCUGGAGACUCAAGUGGAAGAAAUGCUGUCUCGGUCAGAGGAGGACGGGUUUCCGGACCUAGUAACAGUGAUGAGGAACCUGUCCACCGACAGCGGCAUGCCCACUCUUCCACCAGGGGGAGGCCUUGCCAGCAAACGUAAUGUUAUUGAAGCAGUAUACAACCGUCUGAACCCAUACAGAGAGGAAGAUGGGGUGAGUGUCAGUAGAAGUGAUGAAUAUGAGCAACACAAAUGUUGAUGCUAUAUAACACAUGAGAUAUCAGCUGUCUCAUUUGUUAACGUUAUGUUACACGUGAGUUUCAGUGGUGUCUGAAAACCUCUUACUCCUAUGUCGAUUCAUCCCGUCCUGUGGACCAGACUGGAGCUUUGUGUGUGUUGUAUUAUUUUCACGUUCAAAACAAGAUGAAGUAUUACAGUUGACUUCAGAGAUGCCUUUGAGCUCAUCACUCCCAUUAUGAUAAACAUCUUGCAUGGUGCAUGAUGCACACCUUUCAGUUAGCUCUCGCAGCGGGUUAUGCAUGCAUGACAACACGGCUUUAUCAAAAGAUCUUUUACCAAACACAAUGACUGCCAGUGAAAGCAUUCUCUUCUAAUCUAUGUUCUGAAAUAUCUCCUAAGUGGGGGGACUUUUUUGAUCAGUUCAUUUGUUUGCCUCUUCUUCUCUACAUUGUAUCUGUCCUAACACAACGCUACCCCAGAGGCCACUUUCUAUAUCAGUCUGUAUUUGGUAAGCCUCGUUUCCACUACAUGGUACCGCUCGACUCGACUCACUUUUGGUACCGGGCGGUUUUCUUUAUUUGGUUUCCGCUACAGGUAAUAUCCCCUCAAUGUAGGUGGGAUUCAUAGCUGAUUGUGGUAGCGACGUGCAGUGAAACUGCCGUGCCAUCAUCUUCAAUACAACACAAAAACAUGCAAGCAUACAAACAAUGGUGGAUCUGGAAGGGCUGGUGUUCUUGAUUCUCAGUAUGUGGCUGUUAGUCACAGGAAGGAGAUAAACUUUGUUUCAGAAAAGAUUGAAGGCAGCAAGACGAAAGGCUAGAACAGUGUUUCCAAAUACAAGUUGCAGACUUCGAUGCACACACAUUGAAAAUAAAGCAGUAAUCAAAACUAAAUACAUAAAAAUAAAUGACAAUAAGUAAUGUCAAACACCAACACAAUGCACACAUUUAGUGCAACUCUAGGAACAAUGGAUUGACUCCCAUUGUGUAUGUUUGAAAAGUGUCUCUGAAAGGUUUGUAGUUUGUUCCUUUGUAGAGUAAGUGGCUUUUUGCCACUUUCAUUGAAAACAAAAUAUUAAAAUGUUCAACAAUACAGUAAUUUUUACAAACCAUUGCUGCAGCAUUACUCUCUUCUUUGCAAUUAAGUAAAGUAACAAUUAAGUAAACCUGUAAAAUGAUCUUUAUUUAGCUUAGGUGAAUAAAAGCUUCAGCCACUAUAUGAGAAUUCAUGGGCAGAGGAAACUGUAUUGAACAAAUGUUGGCGUCCAGUAAGUUCUGUGUGAGGAUAUAGUCUUGCACACAGAUGUGGAAAUACACACUUAUGUUCUGUAGAGAUCUCUUCUUGCCAACAAGUGUGUGUGAUCCUGUUACUUUCUGUUGCAGUGGAUUGGUGGUUACAUACGGGAGUGUGUGUGUAUUUUUAACUGAUGGCUCAGAUGUGUCUGUGAGAGAACGGCACACUGAGAUGACAGUCUUUAGAACUGUUAACCUGAUUACACUGUCCGCAUCAAGGUUAAUAUAGUGAACUAAAACUAAACUUAAAACUAAAACUACUUGUGAAAAACAUUUUAGUUAUAAAUAAAAGGAGAAAAAAAAAAAAGAUAUUGUGUACUGUGGUCCAAUUUGUCAACACCACAAGCAUGGCCUUUGGUGCAAAUGUUUAUUGAGACUGGGAUGUCUGCAAUGUCUUUAAAGUCAAUGUCUUUGCAUUCUCAUACCAUUACAACAAAUACGAUCCAUUUUAAAAUAAAAUAAAAAACUAAAACUAAAUCUGAAGCUAAUACAAACCAAACUUAAAUGUGCAAACCCACUCUGGAAAAAGACAAAACUACAAUAACUCUGGUCCCCAUGUAGGAAAUCGUCAUCAAAGUGCAUGUAGGCUCUGUGUGGAGUGCACCUCCAGUUUGUUGUAACCGUCUGGAGCUCUGCACAGCCCCAUGUGCUACAAGGGCACAGCUUCCUGUAGACGCUGAUCUAGCGCGCAUGUGUGGAACGUGUCCUCCAAGCAGACUCCGUACGGACAUCAUAUAAACAGAGCUCUGUGUGGCAGCGGUGUCCGCGGCUGACCGUGUACGCUACGUCCGUUUGGGAGUGCAAUCUAGGCUUUAGCAUUGCCGUGAUGAAGCAUGCCUACUUGUUUAUCAACCGUUAUGUAUGGUGUGUUCUUGUAUGUCUGUGUGUGUGUGUAUGCGUCUGCUAGUGAUGGACAUGUCAAAGGUCCUGAGGUGGAAGCUGACUCCUACAACAGAUCUGUGUGUGUGCUGGAAGUUAGGCGAUGAUCACCUCGUAGUGUUUGUCAGUUACUGUGAUUGUCAGCCCUAAUGCACACAUAAGCACACACACAUUCACACAUAUAAUUUGCUCUGCUGAAAGCCGCUCCGUGUAGAAUUUCUAUGUAAUUUAAGCAUCUUUCAAGUUAUUGUUAUGACACAUUUCUGAUUGGAGAAAAAUGUGACAGUCCUGGUGGAAAUUGGUGUGGUUUGUUGUUUGUGUAAACAAAGCAGUGUAGCACCGCCACACCCAAAAUCCUAAAUGUUCAAAUUCUGCACAUAGCGGCUUUUAAUAGAUUUGAAUUUGAAUCACAUAUAGCAUUCAUGUUUAAGGAAUGCUGUAAUGUUAAAUCGGUGAGGACUUUAAGUUACAUAAUUACAUAGCUGUUAACAGCACUUCUAACAGCCUUCUUAAAUUAAAGGUGCUAUCAGUAAAAUAAUGGCUCUCAUUAGGAUCUUGUGGCAGCCUUGGUUACAUCUGGAAACACGUGUGCUCCUCCACAACCACCUGUGUUUAGUAGUUUUAUGUCAAGAUUUUAGUGACAGAUGUUAAGAUCAGCUCCUGUUGGGCAUCCUUUAGGUUACUUCAGAGAGUGCUAUGACUGUUGUGUCAUAACAGUACAUCACUAAUGUCUGAUUUGGGUGUGGUGGUGCUACACUGCUAGAACUAUCAGUAAAAACAGAAGUUAGGGUGACUCACAUUUAAAGUAUUACCUACAUUAUUUAUUGUAUUCCUGUGUAAACUAUGAAUUAUUAGUGAUGACAUUUGCUCUAAUGGACUGACAAAAACACCAUCUCAUGUAGCUAAUGUUAGCUUCAUCAUAGUACUAGUACAUCAUCCUUUUGAACUUACAAAAACCAGAUAUCUAUAGGAGUCCUUUUCAAAAAUGGGGCUGGAGGACAGUCAGACCCGGUCCAUAAUAGAACCUUAAGGAUAUUCGGACCUGAUGCAAAAUGAACAGGCCAAAAUCGAAAGAUAACUACAACUACUACUCUCGCGGCAGCCUGAUAUUCCACCAAUUAAUGAGCGACCGCGAUGGAAAACAGCAGCAGAAAGCUAGAAAACAAUCACUGAUGGCACCCUUAAUUUGUAAAACCCCAAAGCUUUGCCUUAUUUUAAAAGAAAAACAAAUCAAAAAAAUGUAGCGCGAUGUCCCUCUUACUAAAAUAUUUUAUUAUAGCGGAACAAAUAAAUAAAAUGGUUCAAAAUGUAGUGAGCAGCUGGUGUGUGGUAAAGUACACACCUACACACACAGUGAUAAGGGAUGUAUCGAUUUGUCUAACUAUGUGUUACCUCUGAUUAACGCAGCCCUCCUGUUUCAUUUGGUAAGUGAUCACAUAUAUAACUGUUACACCCCCCUCCUCCCCCCCCUCCUCUCUUCUUCC